AUGGCUCCUAGUUCGGAAAUCCUCGCCAGUGCUCAACCAGACCCCGAGUUUCUCGAGGCAUGUGCCCUCCCCCACCAAAACCCGCCGCCGCUUCCGACCAACGUUGACAUACCAACUCUUCGAGCUACAUCAAAUAAGCACAAAAAUGAGGCACGAGACGCACUUGGAGGCCCUCCUCCGAGCUUGACUGAGCGAGAUAUUGAGAUACCCGUUCGUGACGGCAGCACCAUUCUCGCCUAUGUUUAUUCUCCGUCAGACGUCGUCCCAGGAGAUGAGCUUCCCAUCUUUUUAUUCUUCCAUGGCGGUGGCUUUUGUCUAGGCACGCGCCAUGAUGAUAUGGAGUCCAACAGAAUCUUGGCUCUCAAAGCUGGCAUCAUCAUAGUCUGCCUUGACUACCGUCUUGCUCCGGAACAUCCGUUCCCUCAGGCAAUUCAUGACGGAGUUGAUGCUUUGCAAUGGAUCGCUCAAAAUGCUACUCAAGUUCACCCUUCCGCUUCUCCUUCAGUGGGCCUCAUCAUCGGUGGCACUUCCGCUGGAGCAAACAUUGCCAACGGCGUGGUGUAUCUAAACCGCGACCUUGGGUCUCCUGCAAAGGUCACCGGGCAGUUUCUCGGUGUCGGCCCUCUUCUUCCUCCACCGUUUGUUCCCGAGAAGUACAAAGACGACUAUGUUAGUCACGAGCAGAACAAAGACGUGACUAUACCUCCAGAGGAAGUCGCUCGCGCAUUCGUUGCUGCAUAUAAGCCAGACCCGACUUCACCGAUCGCAGUGCCUGCUGUCCAUCCAUCAGGACACUCAGGAAUACCUCCAACUUACUUCCAAGUCUGUGGGCUUGAUGGCUUGAGGGACGAGAGUAUCAUUUACGAGCGGAUUCUUCAGGACGACAUGAUCUCCACGCGACUGGAUUUGUAUCCUGGUCUACCCCAUCACUUCUGGGAGUUCUUCCCUCAAUUGACCAAACAGGUUGAGAAACGAACAAAUGAUACAGUGGAGGGAAUUAGAUGGCUAUUGCAUGGGCCGAAAGUCCCGAAGUUGUGA